AUGCCGCAGCGUGAAGAUGUGUCCCCAGAGCGCAUGGACUAUUAUCGUCAGCCAGUGUCACCCCGAUACAGUGAUAAAAAGAAGAGCGUGGGAGAGGAAAUGACUCUUGACGUGCCAGCCCCACACACCAUGGAGGGGCCGGUCCUGGUGCUGUGGGCUCUGCUGGGAGCCUGGGGCGCGGGCCUGCUCCAGCGUGGCCCCCGGGCUGCGCCACCGGGGUUUGCGGGCAGCACCGCACAGCCAGGUAGAACCCUGACCUGCUUCCGGUGCUUCAAAGUCACCAGGAAGGAGCUGUGCACGCCCACCACGUGCUCCUCUACGGACCGCGUCUGCGUCUCUCACGAGGUGACCUUUUUCCGGGCAGAAGCGCGGACGAAAGUUUUGCUCAGCAAGCGCUGCGCCCCCCAGUGCCCCAACACCAACAUGGUGUAUGAGUGGCCGUCGGGCACCGAGAUGCGCAACAGGAUCACCCGGCAGUGCUGCAACCAGAGUCUCUGCAACGCGGCGGCCCCCGCCCUGGGGCGGCCGUGGGCCCUGCCGGGGGUCCUGCUGCUCCCGCUGGGCCUCGGCCUCCUCGGGGCCCUGCCGUGA